CUUCUUUUACCUCCCAAAAAGUAGCCUUUUUUCAGAAAAACGUCUUUUCCCAUAUGUUUGUUCUUUUAACAGUGUUUUCAGAAGUACAUUUUAAAUACCGUUUUCUUGUUUAGGUUGUGGUAAAUCAUAUCAUGUCUCGAAGAUUAUUAAAGCUUGUAAUAAAGCCAAUUCUUUUAUUGAGCAACGUGAAGCUCAAUUGAAACGACACCAACAGUCGAGACCUAAUGACGAUCUCCAGUUCGCAUCAAGCUGUUCAUUAUCCAGAUCAAAAUCAAAGCGAAACGCAUCGGAAACUGAAAGAAAAAAACCAAAGCAGUCUACAGCACUCAUACAAUAUAUUACAUUACCGGAGUUAAUGUCCUCACUUGAGAAAGAAUCAGCAUUUAUUAUUGGUCACGAAGGAGAUGCUCUCUUGAAGGAUAUGAGUUUUUACGAUCCUAAGAAUGGGGAUAAAGCACAUGGUACAUUUACCGAAGGAUUUGAUGAUUUUGAUAACACGUCGAAAGCUACUCUAAACUAUGGCUUAGAAAUAAUGGAUAAAACAAUUUCAAUCUUAAUUGCUUCAACAGGAAAAAAUUGGCCUGACUUAUUAGCUUAUCAUAGUACACGUGAAGAAGCUGGUAAUCCGUUUUGGGGCUUUUACGAACGUUUUUUGCUGUAUGUUAUGGAAAAACAAAAACCAACCGAUCCUCCAAACACCGGUACGGAAGAACAGAUAAAAGAAAAAAUUCAACAACGUGCUCAACAGCGUCGGGAAAAACGAGAGUCGAGAAAAAAGACAGCACCAUUCGACCGCACAAAACCAUCAUUAGCUCAAUUGUUUCUUGCACGUAAAGCCAUUAAUCGUCGAUAUUAUGAGCUAGAAACAGAAGCAGAUGCAUAUAUUGUACCUAUCAUCGAAGAUUUGCUGAAUGAUAAAGGAAAUAGCAAUAUAUUGGAUGAAAACGAGAAGCCACAGUCAUUUUUACCGGAAAAUGUCAAAUCAGUUACAGGUCAAGAUGAAGCUUUAGCUCAUCGAGCGGCCGAUAUUUUGUUGAGAGUUAGUUGUAAUGUACAACAAAUUGAAGACGCUUUAUCAGUAUUUCAUAAUCCACAAAUGAGCGGUACAUUCACAUACGAUGUUAUUAGUGAUGCUUUUUACGAUCGAAUCCUUCAAGUCGUCGAUACCAUGUUUGGAGAAGCUUCGCCGCCGUUCGAUAAAAUCGAUGCAACUGUAGAACCUGAUUCUGCUUUAAAUAUUUCGUUAGCUUCAGCUCAAACUGCCGUUAAUUUUGUCGGUCAAGUACUAUUACCACAACAAUUUGCUAUGCAUAGCUAUCAGACAACUGAAGAAGAAACAACACAACAACAACUUUACAAUGAAAAAUCCAUUUUAUUCUUGCCGUUUAAAUUUUUCAACAAGACAUUAUUAACCGGUCACAAUGGUAUUUUAAGAAAAUUGGCAUCCGAUGAAGUCGAAAAGCUACUAAAUCGUUUGGUCAGUAAGCAGUUACUAUUACGUAAUACGGGGACAAAUGACAAAUUUUUCAAACAUCCAAAACAAAAUAACAUUCCAUUUACAUAUGCAAAAUACAUCCCGAAUGCCCAUGAAGAAGCUGCCUACAAUCAUAUAUUCGUCACUGAUUAUCAGUCAACAUUGGCAGUUUAUAAACAAACAUAUCGCGCAAGUGAAUAUUUACCUAAACAAUAUUAUUUAACACCCUUUGGUAUGGAACAACUUGAACGACACGUUUGUAAAGAACUUUGUGUUGGUUUUAAUGUAUUUACUCGUGAUAAUGAAGCUAAAAUCGGUCAAGCUGUGCCAAAAAUAUCAAAAAGACAAAUAACAACAGCGUGUUGUUCAGCCGACGAAAGCCAUGACUCAAUUGAACUGACGGGUAAGUUUUCCUUGAGUCGUGAAGAACAAGAAGGAUUACAUUUCGAUAAUAUUCAUCAAUUAUUUGAUGAACUGCCUCAUGUUGAAAUUAAGACGUCGGUGCCUCGUUAUGCUGAUCUGGAAAAAGGAGUCCUAUCCGAACAAGCUGCAGCCAGAAUAAAUGACCCACUCGAUGCCAAAACAACAUUCUUGUGUCGACAAAUAUUAUUAUUUGAUUCUAUUAUCCUUACAAACGACACAAUCGUCGAUCUUGCACAAUUAGACGAAAAUUUGGCACAAAAAGCCAUCAAUUCACUUAAAUUACGAAAACUUUUGAAAGAAGGAUCGUAUUUGUCAAUUAAUAUUGUGGCUUAUAUUAAAGAAAUACCAUCCGAUUUAGCUGAUGAAAUAUCAAAAAGCCUUUUCUACACGAAGCUUGAUGAAUGGCCAUUUUCGUUAAAAGCUUAUUUAGCUACGUGUAAAAUUACCGUCCAGUAUCUGUCACUCUUAUCAGAAGAAGGAAAACAACUAUUGAGCAGCCGACAAUAUUCACAUUUGAAACUAACGUAA